AUGGAAGGCCUUUUCUUCAACGCCAACAAUGGGUACAUCGAGGGUAUCGUCCGAGGUUAUCGGAACGGGCUUCUCACCAAUGCCAACUACACCAACAUGACGCAAUGCGAGAACAUUGAUGAUCUCAAACUUCAGCUUGGUCCUGCUUAUGGCGACUUCCUCGCCUCCCUACCUCCAAACCCGUCGACGUCUAGUUUGGCGGCAAAGACGACCGACAAGCUCGUUUCCGAAUUCCGUUACGUUCGUGCGAACGCGUCCGGGUCUUUGGCACAGUUCAUGGACUAUCUUACCUACGGCUACAUGAUUGACAAUGUCGCUCUGCUUAUCACCGGCACUCUUCACGAGAGGGAUACGCGCGAACUCCUUGACCGGUGCCACCCACUCGGCUGGUUUGAGACGAUGCCUGUCCUCUGCGUUGCGACGAACAUCGAGGAGCUAUACAACAGCGUUCUCAUCGAAACGCCUCUUGCGCCCUACUUCAAGGGUAGCUUGAGCCACACGGAUCUCGACGAGCUGAACAUUGAAAUUGUCCGAAACACGCUGUACAAGAACUAUCUCGAGGACUUCUACAACUUUGUCAACACGCAUCCAGAAAUGGCCGGCACACCAACAUCCGAAGUCAUGUCAGAGAUCCUCGAGUUUGAGGCAGACCGCCGCGCCAUCAACAUUACCAUCAACUCGUUUGGCACGGACCUGUCCAAGGCCGACCGCCACAAGCUUUACCCAACAUUCGGCCUCCUGUACCCCGAGGGCACCUUGAUGCUCUCCCGCGCCGACGACGUGGAAGGCGUCCGGCUGGCCGUUGAUGGUGUCUCCGACUACAAGGGCUUCUUCGAGGCUGUCAACCUUGGUGGUGGGUCCGCUGGCCCCGGCAACAUGGGCGGUGGCGCAGCUGCGGAUGGACGGAGCUUAGAAGACAUGUUCUACCAGAAGGAGAUGGAGAUUUCCAAGAAUGCUUUCACACGGCAGUUCACGUUUGCCAUCGUCUACGCAUGGGUUAAGCUGCGCGAGCAAGAGACCCGCAACAUCACGUGGAUUGCUGAGUGCAUCGCCCAAAACCAAAAGGAACGUAUCGGCAACUACAUCAGCGUCUUCUAG